AUGCCUCAGCACCAUCAUGCCCAUGGCGAGGACUUCACUCGAGAUCUUGCGAACAUUGAUAGCAGCUCCGACGCCACCGACUCGACAGAUUCUGACGGUGACGAGUCCAACAAUGAUACAGAUUUACUGCAAGUUCGGAAUGCAAUUGCAGCACCUCCUCUUAAUGCAUCUGCUGAAGAUAUUCGCAAGGCAAACAUGCGAGGAAAGUAUCGGGAGGCUCUGAAGAAGAAUGCUCUUCUCGAGGCCACACUCUCAAAAGGCCGGAAGACGAAGCUUACUAAUAAAGACCUUGCGCUUGCCGCUAAGGAAGAUAUCAUCAAGAACUAUGGGCGCAAGUUUUCUGUAAUGCACUGCCUCUGGGUCGAGACCACCAUUUUUCCCUUGCGCGCACCACCUCCUAAUAUUGAUCUCACGAGCAAAGAGCGGUGGCUCUCUCCGAUGUCAAUUCAGGAUGGCGUUAAAGCCGAACUCUUUCGUUUCAUUCUGCCUGCGGACCAUGGCAUGAUGGCCCACAAGAACUUCGGUUCCCAUGCAUCAAUAGUGUUCGCGCGGAAAUGGUUUCAGAUGUCAAGUCCUGCGCAGCUGCCAUUUUCAAUCUUGACGCAAAGUUCUUCAUCUGAGGGUAUGCACGGGAUUCAGAGCCUGCAUGCCGCGCCCUGCUCCUUAACCCUCAAGAUCCUGAAAGCAUCGCUUUUUGGGCGAUCCUCGCUAGCUGCCAAUGCACCCCCAACACCCAAAACCAAGGCUAAGAUAUGGGAGUUGCGUUGUGUCACUCCAGGCCUCAUUGCAGCGGCAGCAAUUGUUGCUAUCUUUAUUCUUUCUGGCGACAAAGAACUAGUCGAGAUAGGCGAUAAAUCCCGAAUCUCAUACAAGGAGUAUCACAACUAUUAUCGUCAAUCUCUGAUGACCGGUGGCGCCUGGGCAGAUAGCAUUUACACCUUCUUCAACAACUCUCUUUUCGCUACUUCUUCCUCUACGACUACUCUCCUUGGAGACCUGAGGGGUGAGAAUACUUUGCGCAACACCUGGGAACAGGAUUUUGAGCGCGCAAUGGAAAUGGGUGGUGAUCUGCCAGAACCUGAUGUUCCUCGAGCUGCAUCACCACUCACUGAAGAAGAUGCCCCACUAUCAACUGCUAAUAGUGUGGCCAUUGACAAAACACCAAUCAUCGUCGGCACACCUCAAUCUAUAUCUGCGGCUAUGCAAGGUCUUGCUAUGGCAGAGGACCGCAAGCUAUUAAUACCACCUAUUGAUAACACAGCUGCACUCAACGAAGGCUCACAGCCACCCAUUCCUCUCGUUCAGAAGCCUAAGCCCAAGCCCAAGCCCAGGCGCAAGACUAAGGCUGGUGCUGGUGCUGAGGGCCCAGGUGCUGCUGCUGAGGAUCUUGAAGUGCGAAGGUCUGGCCGAUCGAAGAAGUAG